UUUAUAAGGGAUCAUUCGCUAUUGUUACGUCUCAAAAUGAGUUUACUCUACUUGAUCAAGCUCACCGUUGAAUAUAAAGGAAUACCUCAGAAACAGUUUAUUCACACCUGGUCAAAACAAGCAAAGGAGUCUUUGAAAGCUAAAGAAGACGGCAAAAUACUACAACUUUGGAAGGUAACUGAAAGUGUCCAGUAGAUUUCUUUCAAUUGUUUCUAACCUUUCUUCAGGCCUAGAAUAUUAAUCAAUCUAUUGAUAGUUCAAAAGAAAUAACUUAUUUUGUUGCCUAGAUUCUUUUUAAACAUGUACAGCAAAACAAGUGGUAUUUCAUGAAAUAUUGAUUUACGAAAGUACCAUCGAGAAGGUUGACUGCUGUGGACGUGUUAAAAAAGAUUCACCUUAAUAGUCGUAUUUAUCUCUAGAUAGUGACAUCGGUGGCAAAAAGGUCAAUAUUAAAAAUUUUAAUUAUAAUACAAGUAGCUACGACGAAGAGCUUGAAACCUGUUUGACGAAAACGCUUGCCACAGGGAAGUCAAUUAACUAGGCGCUACCUAUUAAGUGGUCGCCCUCUAUCGAGAGGUAAAAUAUCAUUAAAACGCUUCCCAAGAUGGUCAAAAGAGGCGGUAAGAUACCACGACGGCAACGAUAGCGAAGACGUUAAGUGAGUUCGCGUUUCUUUCUCUAACUUUGUUGCCAAUCCAGGUUAUUAGAGAUCUUUCUCAUAACUCUAGCCAGCGUAGCAGGUGCUUGGACGUAGUGGGUGCAAAUGAAGAACGGGCGCGCCACUCUCGUGCGUCCGUUCCUUCUGGCGCCCACUACUUCCAAGCGCCUGCUACGCAGGCUAUCAUAACUCCAGCUAGAGCAUCUAUGGUGCAAAUUAAAAGUCCACUAUGUAAAAUACGCGGUUUGUUUUCCCAUGGGUAACUUUGCCUUAUUAAUUUGGGGCGCGCAAGAGAGAAUUGAACCAUCAAACAAAACACGAAUUGUGUGACAGAAAGUAUUAAUUUUUAUUGUGACUCAUUAGCACAUGGUGUUGGAGUUAUGUGAAAGAUCUCUAUUAUCGAUCUAUUAAGCUCGAUUUGUCAAAUGUAAGCGAAUUUCUCUGCAGAUUAAUUCUUAAAUAAUAAUAAAAAAUAAUAAUUCUUUAGAAACUUGUCAAGAAAAUCCUUCGUAGCGUCUUAAGGGUCCUCCAUAAAAAUGCCGUAGUAAGCCUCGUCGUUUCAUAUAACUGAUCGCCGGACUUCUGUGUUCCGUACUACCUAGAAUUGAACUUGGAAACACAAGGGACUAUCUCAAAGAUUAGUGCAUCGCAAUUGCAAUCGCCUCCAGUCAGAAUUCUCCAGAUGGACUCUGUUACCCUCUGUUACCCUUACUCUGUUUUUGCAAACUACUUUCUCGUUAACCGAGUGGACUUUAUUAGUGCCAUUGAAGACAGCUUUCAAGAAUAGCAGCUUGUUAGUUGUUUUAUCUUUGGCACCUGUUAGAGGUUAAUUGCGAAUUUGAUCUCAGCCCAUAAAACGUGAUUCACCCCUUUUGGGGUUGUUUUAAACGUUUCACAAGCAUCUACGUUGUUCUUUUUUAGAAAAUUACUCAGCCCUGGACAACAAUCGUUCCAAGUCCAAAAUUUUGAACCGUUGCAUGGGGGGUGAGCUUGGUCAGAAAGCUGCGCCUUAAAGAGUAACUUUAUUGAUUCUUAUUUUUGUAUUACAUUCUACUUUAGGUUGUUGGGGAACGCAAGGUACUUUAUGGUGAGUUCUCUAAAUUAACUUGACGUAAAUUCUUGUCUUUAGAUAAAAUUCCUGUUGUAGUCAGGGGCUAGUCACAAAGCAGGACGUGAAAAUUUUACGCUGAUCAAUACACAAUAACUAAGAUCAAGUGUUUUCUCCCCAACUAAGUCCUUAUGGAAGAAAACGCUCCAUUUCGAGCGGCGAGCAAGCGAAACAAUAUUUGAGGUAACUCGAAUACGAGUGAUAAAAGCGUUUCCUUUCACGUGCCACACGUGCGUAACUUAAGUGUUGUUACUGCCGCGUGUAACGACCACCUCCACCGAAGGGCCAUAAUCUGAAGGAUGUUCCAGAUAACAUGGAAUAAACUUAAUGUAAUACUGAUUCUUUGCAGUAACUGAAACAAAGGUAAAAAACGCUGUUAACAUCCUUUUCACAAUACGACAACAUCGUUAUUGUGAAAAUGAAACUGGUUUUGCUUGUAGCUUACGAGCAAGCUCUCCUAUUUGGACGAGUGAAAUGAGUCUCGCGAGAACGCGCGAGCGAGCGGCGAAGCCGCGAGGGGCAGAGGGAAGGAUAGCCUCCCACGCAGGCGUUUUUAGGGGAGCUCGUAUUUCGUCCCUCCCCACAACUCCCCUAAAAAUAGCCUGUUCCAAGCGUUCAGAUGGUGGAGAGCGAUGCGAAGUAAAGAAAGCGAAUUUUUCGCGCUCCUUUUUUCUUCGCACCGCUCCCCACUAUCUGAACGACUGGAACAGGCUACUCUAAAAACGCCUGCGUUCUCGUGAGGCACGCUUUGCUUGCCCAAAUAGGAGAGCUUGCUAGCAUGCUAUGCGGCUUGGUAAACAGGAAAGAUUUUGGUUUUAUGGGCGCCACUCAAUUUAAAGGUUCUAAUUCCAAAAGAGCAAACAAUGCACAAUGCCACUGAUGCUGCUCAGUAUAGGAGUUAUAAAGACGAUUCAGUCGAGUCAAGAAUAGUUUCCAUCAUUGUUUUUGGCUCAAUAAUCCCAUGAAAAAGGCCCUAAACAUGUACCUCAAAAGGAAUGUUAUUUAAGGGCAAUUGCAUUCUCGUCCUUAUCCCGAUCAAGUCCUGUCGUUUCUUGGUCGCGUGGUCUUGAAUUGAGGGCCUGCCACUGGUUCAUUACAAAUUGAGGCGAGUUGCUCUGGGGACGAAAAUGCGGCAAUUGAAGCUGAGAUCGGAUUUUGGCGAUUUAAUCCUUAACUUUGUGGAUGAGAAACUGAAACAACGUUAACCAAGAAAAAUUUCCCCUCGCCUUAUUUUUGUUGUCGUUAUUUCAUUUUUUGCUUUCAUUUGUCAGUUAUGAGAGUAGACAAUCCUGAUGACAUUGACAGAAUGUCAUUCAACCUGCCGAUUGUUAAAGAGAUGGGAGACCAAGUAGAGUUAGAAGUGAAACCAUUAAGAGCCUAUGAAGCCUUUGCUACAGAGCUGAAUAAGAAGGUUACUGGAGAAGAGGACGCUUUUCAGGAAUUAACUACAAUCCCUAAGGCAGGAUUGUUCUACUGGAUAACUAUUAUGAUCGAGUACCCAGGUAAAAUUGAUGUUGCUCAGAUAGAAUGAUGGAUUUAUAAUUAUAUACCAUUACACAGGUGUUGCUAUGAGUACUGGUUACAUACCCAGAUAAGAUUAGUUUUUCCGUGAUCCCUUGUACAGUGAGGGCGCGGACCGACCAGUUACGCUGCUGGCUUGGGCCCUGUUUCACUUGUUUUAAUGCCAAACUUCUUAUCUUAUAUAAACGGUGACGGUGAGAACUUGGUGACGUCUUUUAAAACCUUUAGAACAAGGAAAACUCUUUGCUUCUCGGCUCCUUGAAAUCGGAAUUGACAGAAACUUACGUACACUGACCGUAAACAUAAAAACUUAACCUGGUGACUAAAUUGAGUAGAUUGCGUUAGAAAAGAACUUUCUAGUUAAAUCUAGAAAUUACAUUAGCGUACUGGCCCGGGUUGCUCGAAGCAUGGUUAGUGCUAACCAGCGUUAAAUACCAUGGAAACCUAUACAUUUUGAUACCUCUUAACCAACGGUUAGCGCUAACCAGGCUUCGAGCAACCGGCCCCUGGGUGGUAAACAGGGUAGCAUGGGAUCGAAAACUCCUGGAGGAUUGUGGUCUUUAAUCUGGCAUAUUACAACUGACCUGAUGGCAUGUCUUUAAUUCAAAAUUAGUGAGGAAUAGGGUAAAAUAUCUGGCCUAGCCGCUACAAUGGCGUAUGACAAUAAAUGCAGUUAAACGUUUAUCUUAUGAAUAAAGUUUCCAUGGUCCCGCAAGGCACAAGUCCUACCCGAUUCUUAGGCUACCGCACGAAAUAAAAUGGAUUUACACAACUUUAUCUAAUACAUAUGGUUUUUAUUCGUCUCGGCAAGCUUAUCUUGGUUUGAUUUGGGCAGGUAAAACCCAAGACGAACUUCUGGCUGUAUGGCUUCAAGAAGCUAAAGCCGCUAUAGGAGGCAAGAAGAAGGGAAGUGUAGUGGACAUAUGGAAAGUGAUCGGAGAAAGAAAGGUAGGGAGCUAGGGUUGAGGUCAAGUCCCAUGAUUACUCGGCGAGAGCAACUACCCGUCACACACCUCGACGUACUCCUCGUUAUGAUAGACUUAUAUCACCGCGUUUUCACCGAUCAAUUGCCCCGUCUGUGAGCACAAUGUAUAAAGUAUCAACUACAAUUUACUUAGUUCCCAGUCACUCCAACUUGAUGCUAAAAAUGUUGGCCCCUAACUCUGGUGAACCCAGAUUGAUUUUGCCUAGCCUUAAUUUUUCGUGUAUGGCUAGUUAUGUUUCGAUUGUGGAUAGUACAGCAAAUCUCCACUAAGUUAAGUCGCCGAAUUAAGUUGUUCCAGCCUUUUAUAUAUAUAUAUAUAUAUAUAUAUAUGAUAAGCUUCAAAAUCGCGUGUCACACGUGUUUGUGCGACCUUCAGAACUGAUAUAAAACAUCGCUGGUUUUUUCCGGCUUUGUGAUUACUGACAUCCGUCAUGUUCUUGCCUUUGAGAAACUACUGAGCUAUAAAGCGUUUUGACUCAUCAGAUUUUUAAUGUUUUUUUUUUUUAUUCGAUCGUCCACGAUCGGGAUUUCUGAGAAUUGAUAGAGCAUCUGUAGGACUUCAUUUCAAUACGAGUUAUUCACUGUUUUGUUGUAGGUACACGUUCUGAUGUGCGUCGAUAGCCCUUAUAUCGUGGAUCGCAUUUCGUUUGAGCUGCCUCUAAUGAAGCAGAUGGGUGAUAGUGUACAAAUGGAAGUCACGUCCGUCAGACCUUACGAAGCUUUUUACGAUGAUCUUAAAAAGUUAGCGUAG